AUGGACGACACGGCACAGCGCAGUCUGCUUCUAUGGGUGCAAAGUUUUCACGAGAAGCUCGCGACGGACACGCAGAUCUCGAGCCUCGAGGACCUCUGCGACGGCGUCUUCUUGUCAAAGAUCAUGCACCACAUUGACUCGGAGUACAUGAACUUGGAGCAGAUCAACGAACAGUCUGGCGGCAACUGGGCACUCAAGUUGAACAACCUCAAGACGGUACUGCGAGCUGUGGAGCUGUUUUACACGGACGAGCUGGGCCAGACCUGUCACGCAGACGAAUUGGUGGACCCGCUCGUGAUUGCAAAAGAAAACAAUGUGCACGAGGUGUGCAAGCUCACGGAGUUGUUACUGGGCUGCGCCGUCCAGUGUCUGAACAAGUCCGAGUAUAUCCAUCCCAUUAUGCAGAUGGCUGCGUCUGAACAGGCUAGCUUGAUGCACGCGAUCGAAAAGCUCAUGCACCGGUUUCAGCCCACGUCUCCUAGUAUCGCGUCGAAUCCAGGUCGUCGCGACUCACUGAUCUACAGGGCGUCUUUUGACGAGGUAACGCCUCCAUCUUCGUCAGUGUCAGUCUCUGCGUCAACUACAGAAAGCUCUGCUGAGGCACUAGCCGCACAACUUGCUCAAGCGCUUGAGCGGAGCUCCUCAAUGGAGCUCCGAUAUUUGGAUAUGGAGCGCGAGAAGCGUCAAUUGACGGAGCGUUUCGAACGCACGCUGACGGAGCAUCGAGAGCUUGUCGACAAGUACACGGUCCUCGAAAGUGAACGUGAUCAGUUGCGCGGUGAACGCCAGAAUACGCUUGCUCGUGACAACAAAAAGAUUCAACAAAUCGUAGACAAUGAGGUUCACGCGCUCCAGAUGCAGCUAGAAGAGAAGGACCUGGAAUUGAAUCGGGUGAAGCGCGAGUCUGGGGAACGCCUGAUGAUGCUGGAGAAUGAAGUCCGCCGUCAAGCUGACGAGCUCGACAUUUCGCGCUCGAAACUUGGCUCGCUGAACAAACUUGAAGCUAGCAUGAUCAAGUACAAGAAGAAAUUAGAAGAAAUGAACUCGCUGCGUAGUCAGGUGCGUGAACUGGAGACUUUUAAUGCGCAGUACUUGGACAAGGUGGUGGAUUUGGAAAGCACCAUCAAGACCAUGCCUGGACUGAAAAACCUCGUCGAGAAGUACAAGAAUCAGGUUGUGGAACUUGAGACGGCCAACGUCCAAGCCAGUUCCAACCUGAACGUGAAGGAACAGAAAAUCAAGCGACUACAAGAAGAGCUUGACAGUGCGCUGGGUGGCAAGGAGUUUCUCGAGUCUCAAAUGGAGGAGCUUCGCACACAGCUUGCAAGCAUGCAGUAUCGGGAAAGCAAUGACGACUCAAUGUCUGCAGGCGAGAGUAGCGCAACGCAUGGAGGAGGUCUAAGUGCUGACAUGCUGCUCGGGCGUGACUCUGUCAUUGGCAUGAGAGAGCGAGUCGCUCGUUUGGAGCGUGAAAACGCCGAGUUGAAGAGUGGCAACGUCGACGCAGGCCAGGCAGAGUUGGCCAACGAACUGGACAUGGCAUUGAAGACAAAGGAGUCGCUCCAGGUGUCUCUAUUCCAGAUGCAGAAACAAAAUGACCAGCUGUCCGAAGACCUGCGAAACGCUCGGAUCCAAAACGAGCAACUUCAGCAAAUGCUGGCGCUGAUGCAACAGACUCAGGUCCAACCCCAACAGCAACAGCAGCACCAACAGUGGCAGAGUGCACCAGAUGGAUCGGAGCCGAUGCAGGUCUCGAACGAUAUGGCUGCUGGUGAAGGUCUAGCGAUGACAGGAACUGCUGGCUUUGCGUCAGCUGCCACUCUGGAACCUGGCAUUGCUAUGGGACCAGGUGGAGCCCUGCAAGCACCUGUACCCGUUGCUGGUGCCGUCGUGGUGACCAGCAGCAACAAUGCACUCUCAUCAGCCCAGAUUGCCGAAUACCAGGAUAAGCUGGGGAAACUGGAAAUCGAAGCGGAAGCAGUGGACUCGCUCCGCGCAACUGUGACUGAGUUGACGAAGCGUCUAAAGGAAAAAGAGUCUGUGAUCAACGAGCUGUCGGAGCAGCGCGCGAAGCUGGAAAACUACACGAAGAAAACACUCCAUGCUGUCCAGACAAAGUACAUGGUCGCAGUGAGCUCACACCGCAACCAGGUCAACGAGAAGCAGGAGCGUGUCGAUUUCUUGGAGAAAAAGAUGAAGGACGUCCGUGCCUCGUACUCGCGCGAGCAAGCACUCAUGAUGUCGUCAUUCUACGAGAUUGGAACUGAGAUGCAGCGGCGUACGAUGAUGCCACAGGGCCCGGCUCCUGGUGCUCCGGGCACCGGAUCGUGGCUUGCAAACAAGAGGACAGAAGAGCGUGCGAAAAGACGACAAGGAGCGUGA